AUGAUUGAGUAUUUUAAUUCUCAUGCACGUGAAAGCAGGGUAAUUGUGGAGAAACUUCGAUCAAAAAAAGGCAUCUUCAAGAUUUAUAUCAGUUGGACUACGGAAAAAAUUAUAGUGAGGUUUGAAAACUCAUCUGCUUCUUCAAGGGUUCACAUAAGUCUCGAGAUUGGUGGUGGGUUUGUUCGUGGUGUCUUGGAAAUCAAUCUUAUUGAUGAAGUCGUCGAAGUUGAUGCCCUAGGAUUGAACCUACCUAAGAAAAUGCAGAUUGAAAGAGUGUGGUUUGGACCACUUUGUGUUGAUGUAUUGAAAGCAGUGGGAGGAGUAUUAAUUCCUGCCACCUUUUUCUCUCUCUUAGUAAAGGCAUCAUUAAAAAGUGAAACUUCAAAUGUAAAUAAGAUUUUUGAUAACAUUAACUCAGCAGAGUGUACGUUGAAACUUGGAUUGGAACAGAGGAGCAUAGGUGGUGGUGGUGGUGGCUCCCAAAAAGGGGUGGUGAUGAUUGUAAAAGAGGAAGGGAGGCACAUACUUUAUGAUAAUGGUGUAAAUAAUGGAAGGUGCACUUACACCGUGUUUGUUUGA